AUGAAAUGCUGGGAGAAGAUAGAGAGCUCUGGCUGGAUUUAUCCGACCACGGUGCUCUCACUUUAUGGCUUCUUUGCCAACUGUAGACCGGCUGAGCCUUUUCUUACACCAUACCUUGUGGGGCCAAAAAACAUCUCUGAGGAAGUGGUGACAAACUACCUGUUCCCAAUAUGGACUUAUUCCUAUUUGGCCAUCCUCUUUCCUGUCUUUCUCCUGACGGACUUUCUGCGCUACAAACCUCUAAUCGUGCUCCAAGGCCUGUUCCUUAUUAUUAACUACCUGCUACUGUGUUUUGCCAAAAGUUUGGCAGCCAUGACCUAUCUUCAGGUUAACUAUGCGGUGGUAACAUCCAUGGAGGUGGCCUACUUCUCCUACAUCUACAGCAUAAUCCCAGCCGAACGCUACCAGCGUGCCACAGGUUACCUCCGCAGUGCAAUGCUCUCAGGCUUCACUUUUGGUGCCACGCUGGGACAGCUGCUAAUCUCUCUAGCCGGCACAAGUUACUUCCAUGUCAAUACCAUCACUCUGGCCUUAAUGGGCAUGGCAUUCCUUAUCUCUCUAAGCCUGCCCAUGCCCCAACGUGGCAUGUUUUUUAGCAAGGGAAUGAGUACAGCUUUGAAUACUCAGCAGAAUGGGACGGAAGAGGCAGCAGGGAAGGAGAGUGGCAAGGGAUCGGAUGCUGUGCAGGGAUUGGAGACUGGAGGAUGGUUCAGUAAAAAGAAUAUAUUACACGGUGGUCAGGUGCUCUGGAGCAGUCUAAGGGAAUCAUAUACCUCCAGAAAACUGAUUCUUUGGUCUCUGUGGUGGGCUCUUGCCACAGCUGGGUAUGGACAAGUAUUCAACUACAUUCAACUUAUGUGGGAUCACAUUGAACCAUCCAGUACCUCAUCUGUCUAUAAUGGAGGAGUAGAAGCUGUCUGCACACUUGUGGGUGCGGCUGCAGCCGUCUCGGUGAGCCAUGUGAAGGUUAGGUGGGAGGUGUGGGGUGAGUUGGCGCUUGGCAUGUUUUCUGCUGUGGGCGCUGGCUGUAUUUUCCUCAUGGGUCUGACCAGCAACAUCUGGCUGUGCUACGCUGGUUACGUCAUCUUCAAAGCCUCCUACAUGCUGCUGAUUACCAUUACCACAUUCCAAAUAGCAUCUAACCUUUCGAUGGAGUGCUAUGCUUUGACCUUUGGGAUAAACACCUUCACAGCCUUGGCUCUCCAAACUGUUAUCACAGCUAUUGUUGUUGAUGACACUGCUUUGGGCCUGGAUAUUGUCACCCAGUUCAUCAUCUACGGAAGCUACUAUGCUGCCAUCUCCCUUCUCUUCUUGAUCCGGGGGAUGUAUACAGCGUGUGGACACCAUUGCCGCUCCACACCAACACCCAGUUCAGUCACCGCAGAUUCAUCAGACCAUAAGCAGCAGACUGAAACUCACAUUGAAAGCUGA